UGGCUCGAUUUGCAACUUCCUUCAUUCAUGCAAACACCUCAUUUCUCCUCCACACCAUCUCUCAAGGUCUCAGCCAGCAAGAAGCAGCACGGACAUGGUCACAUCAUCUCUCCUGAUGCCGAGUCAAGCGCAAUUCCCGGCCGGUCCACCGCGAACCCAGCGAGGCAUCAUCGAAGAAUGAGUGAGGGGGUCCACUGCGGGUUUUGGUGGUUCAAACCCUAUCAUUCCCGACCCGCUCAAAGCCCGCCAUUUCCGAUCCUCGGCUUUCUCUCACUGACUGUUAUCUCAUCUUUCUCGAAAUGCGUCUGUCCAUCUCAUGCGAUAGCUGUCGACGCUCAAAAGUGAAAUGCGUUCAUGAUGGUCAACCUCCCUGUCGGCGUUGUCAACGCCUCAAUCGCGAGCCCUGCCUCCUCACCGAUCCACGCUCGCCCUCAGUAAUACGCACUCCUCGAGCUCGUCAGUCCGUUCCAUACACCAGGAACACAGUCCGUCGGCCUAGUCAAGAAGAUGUCCUCUCUCCAGGCCUCAGUCCCGGCAUCCUCACUCCCCCGUCGACCCCUGUUGCAGCGCUAACAACCGCGACCCUGAUCAACGCGUGCGAUAUCUACCGCAAGCGCUUCCCCGUCGUCAACUUCCUGCACUACCCUUCCCUGAUUGCCGAUCUCUCCAGCGAUGUCACCUCCGUGGACCCCGUCUUCCUGGCGGCGCUACUCUCACUCUGCGUCCGGUUCAUGAGCGACGCGGACCUCGCCUCCGAAGAAACCUACGCCGGCUACGCGCGGAGCCAGCUGGCCCACCGCGCCUUCGAAGCUCCAUCGCUAUACCUGGCGCAAUCCCUGGUCAUGCUGUCGCUCUACGAAUGGGGGUCGGGUCAUCCGUACCGAGCCUGGAUGUACAGCGGAAUGGCAACGUACAUGAUCCAGACACUGUUGAAAACAGCCGACGACAGCAUGGAGCACAACCCGGAAGAAUUCCACGCCGCGCAAACACAGAUCGCAUACGAGCAACUAGUGCGAACAUACUGGUGCUGCUUCGCGCAGGACUGCGAGCUGAGCUCAGGAGCACGGCAGCACAUCGCGCUGUCCUUCCGCCAGAUCCUGGUGCCGCUGCCCAUCAGCGACCAGGACUUCACCUUCGGGCGCGUGUGCGCAACACGCCUGAUGCCCAGCGACAUGACGCAGGGCUCAGCGCGCGCCAAGGGGCUGACGAUCGACUGCGGGCUGAGCAUCGUGACGCGCGGCUUCGAUAUCUUCGUGCGCAUCCUGCGCUUUGCCAACGAGAGCCGGCGCGGUCGCGGUGUCGCCACGGCCAACGCGCAGGGCGUCUCGUCACGCAUGUGGGCCACGCUCAAGGCUGAGCUGGAUGAGUGGCGCGAGCUGCAGGAUCUCACGGUGCGGUUUCCGGAUACCAGUGCCCAGGCGCAUGUUGCGCUGGGAUAUGGAGAGCUGUUCGCGUAUAUCAAUCUGGUGUACUUCAUGAGCAUCCUCUUUCUCUACCGCGACAGCUUCCUCUCCACGCCGACUCCCACCCCUCGACCCGCUCACAUCCCGGACCCCGACACGGCCCUCGACCACCUGUUCACCGCCGCCCAACACAUCGGCAGCAUCCUCGCCGCCCUCGACGCCUCCGGCACCCCCGUCAUCACCUCCUACGCAGGCUACAGCGUCUUUGUCGCCGCCCACAUCAACAUGUACGGCACCGUCGUGCCGGCGCGGUAUCCGGGCGGCCGGGCGCGCGCCGAGCACGAGAAGAAGCGGAACUUCGAGUACCUCGAGCGGCUGUGUCGCUACUGGGUCGUGGGGCAUAGUUGGUGGCGCACCCUCCAAGAAGCCAACCGGUUCUACUCGACCGCCAAACCGCCCGCCAGUCUGUCGAAUGCUGGGUCUGAGCGCACAGUCGAUAUCAUGGCCGAGCGGCCGGAUCAUCUCACGCUGGCGGGUACCCUGGAUGAGUACGGCGAUAUCCGUGUGUCCAGGCCGGAGAUUGCCUCCGCGGCCGCACGUACGCGGGGCGUCGAGAGCAGCGACGGCAGGCAGGCUGGGGGCCCGGUUGCCGCCGGUGGGAUUGUCGCGGAUGCUCCUGCGCCUGGCGCGGUGGAGCAUGGCGAGCAGCUAGGCUCUGAGAUGGUGCAGUGGCCGUUCCUAGACGAGAAUUGGUCGCUGGGGUUUGAUUUGGGGUUUGAUGCGGCUUGGCCGGGUCUGGGAUGAGGUUACGCGUCUGUUGGGGAAUGGUUGGUUGCAUUUGUGGUACUCUAG